AUGUCAAGUCAAGGUCACGAGGCAGGGAAGUUCUCCAUCCUCCCAGAAGAAAGCAGAGAACAAUUCCGUCUGCUUGAGCUCCCCCCUGAUCUGCUUGCCAUCCUCACAUCAAGCGAACCUCAACCCUUGAUCUUCAAGUCUCCAAGAAAUUUAUUGGGCUCUCUGAGCGAAGCAGAAGCAGUCAUCUGUACAACCAAUGCAACCUACAGCAUUCGACAAGUGAACACUUCCAACUCGCUCUACAUCUGCCAGCCAACGAAGGCGGAUGUUGAAGGCGAUAACGAUGACACAGCAGCACUGGGCUUGCAAGCUAUAGCCCAGAACGACUUCACGUUGCAACCAAACCAGGUCAAAGCGACAUCCGCCGUACCGUACAUUAGAGCAGUCCUGCCAACGUACUCAUCCACAGGAUCAUAUCAGUCCAAGGACUUACUCUCAAGGCAACAAGUCUUUGACAGUAUUCCCCUCAGUCAAGCAGAAUGUGAGGUAUCAUGGCGAGAUCUCGCUUGCUUCGAGACUCAAGAACCAUCUGGCUGCUUUCAGCCAAGCUCGACCGCAAAGGCGAUUGCCUGGAAGUCAGUGAUUGGGCAAGCCGCUGCAUCUGGGGUCGACCUGAUGGCGCCCUUGUCUCGAGAUCAGAUCAGCAUAUUAGUCGAUCCCAACGAGGAAUGGCCACCAGAGUUGACGCGCGCCCUGCUCACCAGCAUCUCGACAAUCGAGGGCGAUACUCUGGUGAUUGACGCAGAGAGAUGUGCUGUUUCCACUGGCCUCGACUUGCUUGCCGCAGCGCAGCAGUCCAGGCGCACAUUACGGAAGGCUGAGUUUCUGGCCGAGUGGAAAGACCUGUUGCCGGAGAAGUGGCGUGGUCUGGCGGAGCUAGAGAAAUUGCCGAGAGAUCAAUACAGUAUCAGCGAUGGCGACCACGUCUUGUUGGUUGGCGCGUCAACAGCUGAUGGCCCUGUCGCUGCUGCAGAGACCAAGAAACGGAAGUGGCACGACAAAUUCCGGGCUUCGAAGAAAGCGUCGUAA